AUGAAGAUUUCUUUGCCAGGCGGCCACUUACUGCCGCCGUUUUCAGUCGGCUAUGUGAAGGGCUGGAAGCGUUGCGUGGUACUCCUCAUCGUGCUUCAGUCGAUCCGGGAACUCAAUCUACAAGAUGAGAUUGCGCAUGAAAUCAAGGCGACAUUUGGAACCAUUCACUGUUCCUUCGCCAAGACCAACGACGUGCGCGCAAAAGUUGAAGCCAGCCGAGGCGCUACCAUGGUCCAAUCUGCGACCCGCAAAGCUCCGAAUUGUUUCCAGCCCUACGUCGCACAGAUUGAGAACGCAGCUCGCGCUGAUGCCUUGGCAAAGGAAGAGAGCUAUGCGCAAGAAGUUCGCAAAGCAGAUCUGCAGGUGCUGUUGCGCAAGCUCGACAAUGACUUGGACAUCCUCUCCAAGCGUUCCGGCACUGAACAGCAGAAAGCGAUUGAGUGUGCGAAGGAUAUGAAAUACCUGAAGGACCGGCAGGGGAAAGGGCACAAGUUUGUGGACCAAUUCUUAGAGCAGAAUUGCUGCUUGAUCCGUACGAGCAAUGACUUUCACAACGCCAUUGGCGAUUUGCUCAAGUUCAAAGAGCAGUUUCGUGGAAUCAGCGGCAAAGAGUACGUGAUUUGCAGCUUGGAUUGUACAGUAUGGCCUGCCGAUUCGGCGUAUGUCAGCAACGCCUUGGCAACACUGUCAUCAGUCUUGGCUUUGUCCGCAUCCCAUGUUGGGUUUGUGCAGAUGCCUGUACUGCAAUCCCAAACUUCGAGAUCCGCGCUCUUGAAGCACAAGCACUUGCUCGAGAACAGCCUCUACAAGCAUUCACUGACCACGCACCAUACCGUCCAAAUUCUCUACACGAAGCCGCCGGAGGCCACUUCGCGUGAUCAACGUGGUCUUUCGCAGCUGGCCUUGGCCGUGUUCCACGAGCAUUUUGAAGGAUCCUCAUUUGCUUCAGAGAGCCGCGCAGUGCGGGAAGGGAAACUCGGUCCCAACCCGUUGAUCCCCUAUUCCCAGUUCAUGGGCUAUGACAAUGAUACUGUGAAGCCUGGCGCCAGCGCACGGGUGGAGCAGAAGGGCUUGCCUUGCCACAUCUCGAUGAUCAUGGGUUUGCUUGACGGCUUGAAUGUUCAGAAUGGUGACCGUGUGGUGUUUGUGGAUGUCAUCCCAAACAGGUUUGCCGAGUUUGGACGUGCCUUGGUGGAAUCAAGGCUGAAAGACGAACGAAUCUUUUUGCGAUAUGUGGGCUUUCUCUUGGAAGAGCAAUGCAAUGAGAACAUCGCUGCCAUCCGUGACAUGGUAUACCGGCAUUGGGAUAACUCGCAGGAUGCUCCCCCGAAGAAGCGUGUGUCGGACAACCAGGUUGCUGAGGCCCCAAGCUUGCAGAUUUUGGCAUGGCAGGAUGGGCCCUUGUGGCCUGACAUCCUGCUUUCUCGUUUUCCGGAAGGCACAUGCGAGGCUGCGGAAAUGUUGAAGCAGAAGGAAAAAUUCGAUGUGCUUUACCCUCCAUCCUCUAGGCCUGCCCGGCCCCAAAGCCGCGACAGGGCCCACAGGGCCGGUGGAUGUUGCGACUUUUCGGUUGACUCCGAAGCAAAGCCCAUUGAUUUGAGCCGGACGCUCACUCUGACUUUUGUCGAGGAAGCCGACUUUUCAGAAAGCAGGCUUGGUAAUGCUUUGCCUACCAAGAACAAACCAGCUGUUUUGAUCUCCACCAGCAUGUGUCUUUGGAUCGGGAACACGACAGACAACCCAAUGGCCGUGGAAGCUGGAGAGCUUUGCGGCUUUGGCACUGGAUCUUUCGAGAAGAAAGUGAUCAGUGACCCAAAGCUGGAGAAGAAUGCCCUGCCCUUUCGCUUACAAAGCGAUUUGACUUUGGUGUCCUACCAGAAGGCAGCGAUGCCGCUGUGCGAGAUGCUUCGCACCCUGGCCUCCGAGGAUGGCAUUGCCCAGAUCGACUUGGAGGACCAUGAAUUGGCAAGUCGUGUGCACCCUGCAGAGGAUGGCGCUGAUCCCAUCCCUAUCUCCUUCCGCUAUGAGUUGAAGCCGAAGUCGACGAAGACAGCGAACGUCUUCAAACCCAACAGUCCAUCGGUUCCGGCAAGCAAGGAAAUCAGGAGUUCUAUGCUUGGUGCUUGCUUUGCAGGCUCUUACGAGAAGCUUCUGCAGCAGAGUCAGAGCAAGUUUGCUUUGGUGUGGGAGGUGGCUUUCUCUAGCAGCCCGCCUCGAAUCCAAGUCGAGAAGCCCAAAGUUCAUUUGCUGGGCAAAGUUCAUUUGCCUGCGCAUUCCUGGGCAAAUCUUUCUGCUUAG